AUGGCGGAGCGGCGCAGCGCAGCGGCCGAGGGUUUGGGCCGCCUCUCCGAGUGGGCGGACGCGCACCUCAGCCUCGUGCGGAGUCUCAGUGCCGGCGUGGCGGUGGCCGGGCUGCUGGUGUUGGCCAGGAGCGUGCGCCUGACAACAAAGUUUACAAAUGCUUUGGAUAUACCUGCAGGGUUUAUAGAAAAGAAUGUGAAAUUGCGAGGAAAAGUGCAUCGUGUCACUGAGAUGGGUCUGGAAGUGGAGCACAUCCCCAUCAGCGUUCCUUUCAUUACCUCAAUACAGAGAAAGUGGCAGCCCGAGGGGCUCUUGCUGGUGAGACUGGCCGGUGUGGAGCUGACCCCCGAGGGCACGGCGUGGCUUCAGAGGGAGCUGAAACCCCUACAAGUGAUCUGGUUCCAGCUUCUCGGGAGGGAGCACUUGGCACUCGAGUGCCUUGUUUUAGUAAAUAAGGGCCGAUUUUCCAGCGUGUGCUUAAAUGAAGAGGUCCUGAGAGAAGGGCUUGGAAGAGCUGCGAGCAUAGAAGGACUGCAGCACGAUUCUCACCUGUUCUGGGAGCUGCACAAAAGACUUCUCCGAGCGGAGCUGAAAGCCUUGAGGAAAAAUAAGGGGAUAUGGAAAGAAGAAAGCUUCUCUGAAAGGAUUAGAGGUCAUAUAAGCAACAGUAAACUCGUGUGGACAUUGAAACGUUUUGUGAGCUGGUUGAGAAACUAAGUUUAAGGAUGGGAUGGGAGGCUGGACUGGAAGCAGGGCAGUUAUGUGUUACAUGCUUGUGUAAAGUGUAAGUUAAUGCUAACAAGUGCCAGCACUUGGGGUUCCUUGUCUUGAACAGAAAACCCAAGAACUACAGAGUGCUUUCUAAUUUAGUCUGUAUGGGACUGAAGUGUAGUGAUAUUAGGCAGGGCAAGAAUGGAAGUGUUGUUAAGCUGAGCUGUUCCUCAGAUCCUAACUGCCAUGUCCUGUUCCUGCUGGGUACCCACAGCUGUGAGCAGCAGUGACGUUUUCCUGAUGAUUCUAGAAAUGCCUACAUGGGAUGGAAUAAACCUUCUGGAAUUGGAAAAAGGGGACCAGAGCACAUUGAGGACUUGUUUUGUUUUUCAGAGUGGUGUGAAGUGUCUGCCAGGUGUAUGUUUGUAAAUUUUCCAGAAUAAAGAUUGAAUUUCUUA